AUGGCGAGCCCUCCAUCGACCACGAUCACCGGUCUGCGUGAGUUCUUCGCACGCAGCGAGAAGGACAAGCUGUCGGCAGACUUGGGGCGGGCUCUCAAUCUCUUACAGCUCGAAGGCCUCGACGCGCUAGAAGAGCGUUUCCUCGCAACCGACGCUUUCCUCAGGCCAUGGUCCAUCUUCCGCGACUCCAUCUUACUACUAUGGCCUGACUCGCUGCCACGCGCAACUUGGAUCAAGAAGAAUGCUUCAGAGACCGGUAUCACGCGCACGGAGAUAUUGUCCUUUUACUCCCGCUUCGACGAAGGCACGAUGCGCUACGACGCCCGCGCGGACAGGUACAGUCUCGAGUACAAUCCUGACAGCAGCACCUACGGCGUCAUCGACAAGAGCGGCUGGCCGAGUGAAAACUACGAGAAGCACUUGUACGCGUGGCUGCUGCAAGAGUUCAAGAUUGGCAAAAAGCGCAACGUCUUUGGCUUCCGCUACUUUGAACUCCAGGCUGCUGCCAAAGCUUGGGAAACCGUGUUUGUGCCGAUUGUAAAUGCGGUGCGUGCUUCGUAUGACGUCAAAGGACGACGCUUUUAUGGUCGUCUGGCUCUGUUUGUCGAGAGCAGGUGUCCGUCUCGUCUUGCGUUCCCAGAGGACAAUAUUGGCGUGACAAAGACCGAGUUGUUGUCGCCCACGCCGUUUCGCAUGGUGUCGGUUCCCAAGAAGGUGUUUGAAAGCAAUAGCGCUGCGUUCGCUAGGCGCUUGAAUGGCCCGGGUAUGCUGACGAAGAAGCACUACGAUGAAACGGAAAAGGAACUCCGCAAUGUGUAUCCGCAGUAUGGUGGGCUGGUCGAGCGCCCCAAGUUCAAGAUCAAGAUGGAGGUGUGGUUGGCGGAGCAGCGUGUUCGAGCUGAUGCGAGGAAGGCUCUGGAGAAGCUAGGAGAAGUACAAAGCUCACAGCCUCAGAUCGUGCAGUAUGAGGGUGUACGCAGCGAGACCAACACUGGCUGGCCAAAUGUUCAGUCAGAACACGAGCUGUCGCACAAAGAAAGCGGCAGUCCUAUCAAACGUACCUACGAUAGCAUCAAGCGUUCAAUCUCGCAUACGGUAUCGAAGCAGUUGUUGCGGGAGACGCCAAAGAGUCCACUGCAUGGUGUCACACGCCAGCUCUACUUCCCAGACGACGAUCCACCCAGCCCUCCGCAGUCAGUAGAAAAGAAUCAGCAAAGCCCAGGACGCGAGCGAUGUAAUUCUUUGGAUUCCUCCAGCACCGUGGUCAUCACGCCCUGGCCCCGUCCUGAGACAAACCGCAGGGUCUCUGAAUUAAGUGUCUACACCUCCAUCCGCAAUGCGAACCCCUUCAUCCAGGGAUCUCCAGAACGCAUCGGGGGUCUACAGUCGCUUGUGCCUAGGGAGAACACUGAGCGUCAGCCGAAGAACCAGCCAGGCACCAUCCUACACCUGAUGCAAGAGGAAAAGCAGCAUACCGAACAGUCUGCAAACUGGCCGUUACCGCAGCCAUCAAUACGUCCACAGCAGUCUCUCGUUCACAUGCGUUCACCCAGUUACGAAGGCAACGGAUACGCCGACGAAAUCUCCCUCACCAAACUCCACACCACCCGCAAAGACACCAGCCGCACACCCCGACCAACACGUCUCCCCAUCCCCAUCAAACCAACAGCCUACAACGGCCCCCUACGAGUAGCCCACCCCGCACCAGCCCCCAAAAAAGUCCCCUGGCCCGGUUUCGAGGACGACAACGACAACAACGACAACGACAUCUCCCGCCCCCCCGUCCCCCCCAAAAGCCCCGACCGCAUACACCAUCCCCGCAGCCAGACCAGCCCAUCCCAAGCCCCCCAAACUCCCCAACAAGACUCCCGCAGUGUCACACGCAUCGUAUCCAAAGCCAACAUCCGCGCCGCAAUCGGAAACGUCUCGCAUGAAGGCUCGAGGGAGGAUUUACCUUUACCCCCACCUCUACCGCUUACUGAGACCCAUGCGCGGAGCUUCAGUCCCGGGGGAUCUAGGCUGCAUACGUAUAAUACGCAUCUUUUUCCGCGCAAGGAGCGUAGGGGGGGUUUGCUGGGCGUUCGGGCUGUGGGACAGGGGAGGCGGGGGGGAUCUGGUGGGGCGUUUGAGAUGGAGGGUUUGGUGGAGUUUGGGGAGAGGGGAGAGGGUGGGAAGGGGUAG